CAAGCACGUCAGAACGCUGCGUGGACGUCCUCCACCAGUAGUUUUGUAGUAGUGACUGGCUAGCUAUCCAGUAACUGUGAUUAACGACGUUCGCACCAAUACGGCCGAAAGGAGAACGAUUUGACUAAUUUAUUUCAUAGUUAUUAAGACCGUAUGGAUACGGUUAUAAUGUCUUGUAAGGAUUCUGCUGAACCGUGAAGACGGCGCUGCUUUGCCCCCCAAGUGCUCCUAGCAAGGGGAUUGGAGACCUUUCAUUUCCGAGUUUUCGCAGCAGCAGUGCGGUGGAUGGGACCCUGAGUUGUGAGGUCAUCAGAUCGUGGCCUGCAGGGGGUUGUGGGAGAGACACGUCUGUCACCACACUGGACUGGAGGGAGGAGCUGAAUUCCUGAGAGAUGUGAAUCUACCGCCUCCUCUCACAGCGAACAUAGGAAACCACCAUCCAACCUGCUGCUGUCAGCCUGGAGGGCUGCAGCCAUGCACCUCAAGCCAUACCCCAAACUGCAGAAGAAAGAGUUCUACCUGGAGUCCAGUCAGGACAGCCAGAGAGGCCUUCACCAUAUGAGCCAGCAGGGGGCCCUGUCUCUGAGGACAGAGUGGGGGGUCCGUUCAGCCCUGGUGGGCUCGUCUAGCAGCGGGCUCGGCCCGGGCACGGCCCGGUCCCCCCUUAGUGUCAUAUCCACCAACACCCGGUGCUGCAGUGACGGCAGUAAUAUUACCCACGGCAACAGUGGUAGUGGGCUGCAAACCUCAAGGCUGAGUGGGUCUGGGGGAAAUGUAUUCCACAGUAGUACAACCUGGGCCCGGAGGAAAACCUCCGAAACCUCCUACACCACCACCUCGUCCCUGCUGCUCCUCCCCACCUCCUCCUGCACCUCCUCUACAGGCUUGGGGGGAUCUGAGAACCAGGAGGCCUCCCUCAGCGUCUCCUACCAGGGGGAGGACGGAGAGGGACCGCUGGACAUCUGGGCUGUCAUAAAGCCCGGCAACACCAAGGAGAAAAUCGCCAUCUUCGCCUCGCCCCAGUGCCGCGGCAGCCUGGUGAAUGGUGGAGGAGAGCCGGUCAGGGAGGCGCGUGAGGGAGACUUGGUGAGCAGCAUCUCGGUGAGGACAGUGUCUGUGAAGAUGAAAAGCUGUUGGGAGGACGAGGGUGGCUCUGUGGCCAAGCGCAGGAGGAGGUCAGGGCAUCGGGGCCACCACCAGGACAGAGACCGACAGUCACCCAGAGCUCUAGAGAGACAGAGCCCACUGAGUCCCACAAAGAACAGCCCAGAAGAGGUGACCCUUGGCGAGAGCCCUAGAGUGCCUGAGUGUGGGGUUGUAGGCGUGGGUGGGGAGCAGGUAUGUAGGGUAGAGGGCGAGGAGGGGAGUGAGACUGGGACGGGCAAGGCUCUCUCUGUGGUGGAGUUGGUGGCCGCCUUGGAGCAGAGAGCCAGCGACAAGCAAGGGGACUCUAAGCCUGUCUCUCUGCGGAGCUCCACAAGCAUUACCUUAUCCAGGGGGCUGUCACUGACCCAAGAGCCCCAGCAGCCCAAAGCCCCAGACCAGAGCCCCCAGGGGACAGAUGAGGCAGAGUGUGUAAAGGUGUCAGACAUGGUGGCCAAGCUGGAGUCAGAGUGCCUGAAGCGCCGGAGUGUUCCAAGGGAAGGGUCCGGAUCUGGGGGAGAGCUGUCGCGCAACAACAGCCUGCGGAGGAGGGUGGGCCGGGUGUUACUGGCAGGAGCAGACGCCUGCUCAAUCUCAGCCCAGCCACCUCCGUCUCCCACUGGGCCCCAGCACGGACUAGAGGAGACCACGGGGGUGCAGCACCUCCACGCUAGUCCAUCUGAGGGCCGUCCCUCUGUUAGCACCAUCCACGCGGACAAACUAGUUCCCAGCAGCUGCCAUGAAGCUUCCCACUGGGCUUCCCGUUCCUCUGACCCAGCUUCUCCAUCUCACAGUGUGGACUCUGGGUGUGGAGCCUCCAUCCACGCUGUCAGAGAGCCAGAGGAGAUGUGUGAGGCCCAGGGACAGCAGGUGGGGAGCAGGGUCAUUGAGGCUGGGCAGGAUCUGUACCUCCAGCUCCAGUCAGAGCGGGCCAGCAGCAGUCUACAGAGUGAGGAGCCCCUCCCAGGCAUGCUGUUCUUCUCACACCCUCUGCCCUCACAGCCGGUGCUAGAACAACACAAACUCCCACACCCAGACAGUACUCGCACCCAGGACACUGGGUCCAACCCUCAACUCACCAGAGACUUAGCGGAACCCUCCAAGCCUCCGCUCUGCGACCCUGCUAUCACCUCCCUCCUCCCUGAAACCAUAUCUCACAGUGAGAACUGGGCCAAAGAGGAGGAUGAGAGGGAGGAGGAGAAGGCGGUGAGUGAGGGAGAGGGGAGUGCUUUUAGCCAGUGUGAGACCGUGCCUUUCCCCCUGCGCCGCCUGGUGUCUCACGAGUUCCUGGAGAUGCGCUUUAAGAUCCAGCUGCUCCUGGAACCCCAGCAGUACAUGGCCUUCCUGCCUCACCACAUUAUCGUUAAGAUCUUCUGCCUGCUGCCCACAGAGAACCUGGCAGCGCUUAAGUGCACCUGCCACUACUUCAAGUUCCUCAUCGAGAGCUACGGAGUUCGACCCGCAGACUGCCGCUGGGUGUGCGACCCCCGCUACAAAGACGAUCCCUGCAAGCAGUGUAAAAAACGGUAUGGGCGCGGGGAUGUGUCCCUCUGCCGCUGGCACCACAAGCCCUACUGCCAGGCGCUGCCCUACGGCCCCGGGUACUGGAUGUGUUGCCAUGGUUCCCACAAAGACACGCCCGGCUGCAACGUUGGUCUCCAUGACAACCGCUGGGUGCCCGCCUUCCAUAGUAUCAACAUGCCAAUCUAUAAGAAACCCAGGGCGGUCACUGAGGAGUAGUGGAAUAGGCAAUGGGAGAAAGUGACUUGACUUCUGUGUGCUUUAUUUUGCCAAUGAGGGCUUUGUGUGUGUGUGUGUGUGUGUGUCUGUGUUGCCAUAUGAGCAUGUGCAGUUAUUUGUGGGGAGUGUCUGACCGCAACCAGGUUGCUGGUACUGAUGAGGAAUCACUGGAUCUCUUCCUUGACCCCUAACCACUGACCUCUAACCCCUCCUCAGGUCCUCUGAGAUGGUCAGCACUUUAACCCUGGUCAUAGUUCUCAAUCUUCAAAGGAUUCUGACAGGGUAUUCUUUUGACUUGCUUCAAUGUGUUGGGUUAAAACAUCUGAUUCUGACCAGAGUGUGUUGAAGAGAAGCUUUGUUUCAGAUUUCUCUUCAGUGUUGAUGCUUAAUGUGUCUCUCCUUGCCCACAGCCAUAAUGUUUCCUUGCUUAUGCAUUAACCAAUACGUUGGGAUAGCUAUUUUAGUUAAGGUAAGCCUAUCAACGUUAUGCAGUAUACCCCACCCACAAGUGUGAUUUACUCAGUGUUAAUGUGUUGUUGUCUAAGUGGAUACAUACAUUGCUGCAGGUCACCGGUUUAUGCAAAAUGUGAAUCAACCCCAUCCUAUAUCCCAUCCAUAUCCUGUCCCAAAUGGCACCCUAGUCCCUAUGUAGUGCACUACUUUUGACCAGGGUCCAUAGGGUGCCGUUUGGGAUGUUGGAGUCUAUAUCCCAACUCCAUUUAUCAGUCUCCGGGUCAGAGAGGGAAAGGGUUUUGUCUGUCCUGUAUCUGGUUUGAUUGAAAAAGUUUGUUCUGAGCCCUGUUGUGUUUACAUUGUACGUAGUGCUACAGAGUCCUAUAUCAAAAACAAAGUGAGGAAGAUUGACAAGCAGCACGAGUAUCUAUGACUUGAAUGCAUUUAUCUUCAGUUUGGUAAAAAUAAUAGUUUAUUUUGACCCUGUCAUGUAUAUAUUCAUGAAUGAUUAUUAUUGGGUGUUUUACAAUGGGUCCCAGAUGUAUAACCCAUAUGCUUAUUUGGCCGCUCUCAUUGCAUUAUUCUCCACCAUUUUUAAUGUGCGUCUGAAAUGGCACAGUAUUCCCUAUAUAGUGCACUACUUUUGACCAGAGCAAUAGGGCUGGUCAAAAGCAGUGCACUAUAAAUGGAAUAGGGUGCCAUUUUGGACAAGUGCUCAUCCCUCCUUUUUAUGAUGCUGAUAUUUCUUGAAGGGAAACAUGUCUGGAGAAGUUCACCUGUCUGUUCUUUAUGAUGAUUAACUGGACAUGAUCUAAACAACAAAACAGCCAGGGUUGAUUACAAAGGGGGAGAAAAAUGGGAUAUAAAAGUAGUUUGCCUCCAGAUAUUUUUUAAAACAGUUUGUUGUAUAAUAUUCCAGCUGUACUCUGCCUGCAAAGGCAUUUUACUACAAUAAAGUGCAUUCAUUCUGAGGUUAACUGUCAUAACCCACCUUUCCUUCUCGUGGUGUCUUUAAACUGAAAGGAAGUGUAAAGGUUACAACAUAAAAAUGGAAUGUAUUGAUCUUUACUGAAUAUUCAGGGAUAUAGACUAAAUGUAUACUAAGGGUCUCCAGCCUUAAAUGUCACCCAUUUCUAUUAUUUAUCACGUCUUGAUGUCAUUGACAUACGUCAAUGUUGUUCACAACUUAAGGUCUAUACUGUAGAGCUGGUAGGCUUGCCUUUCAUUGGGGCGAGGGGUAUUGUUUGGGUCCAGGUGUGUUGGGGAAAGAGCACAGACACGCACAACAGAUUUAUAAAAGCAAAAUAAAUGUAUUCCUUGCUGUGUGAGAAAUUACUUCCUAGAAGUUGAUAUUAAUCAUCUCAAACAUUUGAGGGAAGUUCCCCCUUUUGUCAACUUUAUAAUUUAAACCAAAAUGGCAGUCCUCCGACAAAGGGUCUGGAUUGUCCACUUAAAAAGGCAAAGUGCGAUGAGUAGGCAAUGUAUCAAUGGGUGCUAAUAUGAACAUUGGCAUGGAAUUGUCUGUCAUGUCAGUGCCUCCUGAAAUGGUGUGUUUACAUGCUCUUUCGUUUCUUUCUUCAUUCGUUGACCUUUUGAAUUCACAACAGACAAGUAGGGGAUGAAUAAGACUUGGCAAUAAAAUGCAUGAAAAGAU